AUGGAGCCAGAUAAUCCCAACGGGUUCAAGCGGAGCUCGAUGCAUCAAGCAUUAUAUAGCCGCCCAGUGGAACGGCGACCGAGCAAGAAGUCCUCAUCGAGAGAUCGCCAUGGCAUGGUUUAUCCAGACAGCUUUCGAGACGCCAGUAUUCGGACCGUGACGCCGGAGUCGCACUCUCCCCGCAACCACUCCCCCUUGUCCGAGACAGAGUAUUUGACCGGCAAUGGUGCGUCUUCACCACGAACCACUGUACGAUCGCGAGGAAUCGAGCACGAACGCCGCCAGGAAUUUGCCACUCGCUCCGUGGGGCGCGACGAUGAUGCCGCGGGGGAGAAAAAAGCCACCGGGCGCGAUCGCGGACGGCAACGCUUGAGGAGCAGCGAAACGAAACGACAUCCAGCACGCUCAUCCCAUCCGAAGAAGCCCGAAGAUUCGUCAAGCUCCAUCGGUUUCCCGUCAAUACAGUCGCCCCGCCAGCGACUAAGCACGACUCCUGGCUCCGGAGUGGCCCUCAAUCAAGCCGCAUUCGCCUCUCCUCUUUCAAACACCGACACCGCAAAGAUCUUGCAAUUAAUGAAAACCACAUGUGGCAGAAUGCACGGGAUCCUUUCUUUUCGGGCAGCUUCAAGCAGCUCUUGGACAUCGGGAUACUGCGCUAUCAACGUCGCCACUGGAAGCUUGAUCUAUCAAGCCAAAGGUGAACCAGCGUUGGCGAAAACAUUAAUCCCCGACUUACGCGGCUGUCGGGUCCGGACGUUGUUCGACACCGAGCUGCAGACUACCUACCUGAGCGUAUACACCUUUACCUCCGGACUCGGUAUUCAACUGCGACCCCAUGUCAACGAGACAUUCGAUUCAUGGCUUGCUGCUCUACUUUGCUGGCAACCUAUUCGACCCAAGGGCGUCCAGAAUAAAAUGACCAAACCUCAGUCGGUUGUGAUUGGUGAUCGACGGAUUCCUGAGCGACGACGAAACUCAGAGACAGCCACACACAAGGAUGCGACCAUCAUCAAAGUCGGCAAGAUGUUGUUAUGGGACAAACCGUCUGCGUCUGGUGCACGUCCGGUGUCUUCACGCCGGGUGUCUACGUAUCGCCAAUCAAGGGCUUUAUCUUCUUCGUGGCAGAAGGUGAGCUGCACACUACAGGAGAAUGGAGUUUUCAAACUCUUCACCGAGGCCGACUUGUCUUUCGUGGCGUCUGUUCAGUUGUCUCAAUUAUCCCGUUGCGCCAUCCAACAGUUGGACUCAUCGGUACUUGACGACGAGUUUUGUAUCGCUAUAUACCCGCAGUAUGCAGCUCACCCUGUGUCUGAUUCGAAGACCCGACCGAUCUAUCUCGCCUUGGAGACUCGUGUUCUUUUCGAGGUGUGGUUUGUCCUUUUGCGUGCAUUCACAAUUCCAGAGCUUUACGGUCCCGAAAGCCCCGGCGACCACAAUCCAAGAAAGACACAAGACGCGGAGCCCGUCGAGUCACCCUCAACCAAAAAUAUGUUUCGAAUUGAGAGAAUACUCAAUUUGAAGGUCACGGAGGCGAAGCUGUUUCGUCCAAAAGAAGAAGAGAGUCCUCGAAGUCGGAAGCAGUCCAAAUCCCAUUCCCCAUCUGUGCCAGCAUCCAAGGUCAGUGAUUAUUACACCGAGGUACUACUGGAUGGAGAGAUUCGCGCCAAGACGGCAGUCAAAUAUCGCACCAUGAAUCCGUUCUGGCGAGAGGAUUUCAUCUUUAAUGAUUUGCCGCCCGUGCUGUCUCAGGCCUCUAUUCUGGUCAAAUCACUCAACCCAACGCAGAAAGAUUGGACGCUCAUCGCCCACGGAUCAUACCCGUCCAAUCAAGAGGUGAACGCAGUGAACAUGUUGAAUGAGAUUGAGGUCUCCGCAAACGAUGCCAUCUUUGGGCGGGUGGAUCUGCGACUUGAGGAAUUGGAACCUGGGGUGGAUACCGAAAAAUGGUGGCCUAUUUUGGACGACCAAGAUCAGGUAGUGGGUGAGAUGUUCAUGAAGGCCCGCAUGGAAGAAACGGUCGUCUUGAUGUCCGAUGAAUAUGCACCCAUGUCAGAGCUCCUCCAUUGCUUCGCCAACGGCCUUACAGUCAACAUGGCUCAAGUGAUGUCGUCCGAGUUGACCCAGCUGUCCGAGAUGCUUCUGAACAUUUAUCAGGUCUCUGGGCAAACGGUGGAAUGGAUCUCUGCAUUAGUCGAGGACGAAAUUGAUGGGCUUCACAAAGAGUCUACAGCAAAUCGGCUGAGAUAUACGACGAGAAUCCAUUCCAAUGACUCCCGCGAGUCCGCCCAGGACCGCGAGGUUCUUGUGAGAGAUAUGGGAAGAACAGCCACGGUGGAAGCGAACCUUCUGUUCCGCGGGAAUUCCCUUCUGACUAAAGCACUGGACUUGCACAUGCGUCGACUGGGUAAAGAGUAUUUGGAAGAGACUAUCGGGGAACGACUACGCGAUAUCGACGAGAGUGAUCCAGAGUGCGAGGUUGACCCGGCCCGAGUACCACGCACUGAGGAUCUUGACCGCAACUGGCGCAACCUCAUAGCGCUCACCACGAGCGUCUGGAAAUCCAUCGCGGCUUCUUCGUCCCGGUGUCCUCCCGAGCUCAGGCUCAUUUUUCGGCACGUCAGGGCUUGCGCCGAGGAUCGUUAUGGUGACUUCUUACGUACUGUGACCUACAGCAGUGUCUCGGGCUUCCUGUUUCUGCGAUUCUUUUGUCCGGCCAUAUUGAACCCAAAGCUUUUUGGCCUCUUGAAAGAUCACCCGCGACCUCGCGCCCAGCGCACUCUGACCCUCAUUGCCAAAGCUUUGCAAGGCCUCGCCAAUAUGACGACCUUUGGCAACAAAGAGCCCUGGAUGGAGCCCAUGAACAAAUUUUUGGUUGGCAAUCGCUCAGACUUCAAACAGUUCGUUGACUCGGUCUGUGCGAUCCCUGCGGAUAGGCCAGCUCCCAUCGCCACGCCUUCCUACAUUACCCCCAUCCAGAUCUUGGGCCGGCUGCCAACUACCUCCCGCGAGGGAUUCCCUAGCCUUCCCUUCCUGAUCGACCAUGCCCGAAGCUUCGCCAACAUGAUCAACGUCUGGCUCGAAGUAGUUCCGGAUCGGCUAUCCGAAUUAGAAGAAGUGGAUUCGAACCUCUCCAAAUUCCACGAGCUGGCUCUCCGUCUGCAGGCUCGCACCGAGCACUGUAUGGGCCAAGCCGAACUCGCGGAGCGGCCAAGUGGAAACCUUGAGGUCAAAUGGGAAGAGCUUGUGGAUUCGAUGGAGCGCACUGUGACCUUUUACGACGAAGGCCCAAGCAAACCUGGCACUCCAGCACCAGAUUCGGCUGUGGCUGGGCCGGUAUCCAUCUCAAGCAGUCAACGUGGCUCAGUUGGUUUCUUCGCUUCGCGCCCUGCCAUGCCCCGGCGAUCUACAGACUAUGCCCACGAUGCCGAAGAAGACACGCCACCCAGCUCUUCAUCGGCCACCUGGGAUCACAGUCGCAUGCCCUUCGCCAUCCCCCGGUGGUCUGAUGCGCGAGACAGCACCGGCAGCUCCAAGAAUUCCUCGACGUACUCGCUCGAGUAUUCCGAGACCUCCAAGGCUCGCAGAUCCAGCGUCACAAAAGAGACUUCGAGCAAGUAUCGCUUCUUCGACUUUGUGCCUGCGCCCGGACGGCGCAAGCACAAAGAGCGGGAACACGCCCAGCACCACUCGCAUGAGGACCUGAAUAACGACCUCUGA